AUGAAGGAUUCCAGGGGAGACACGACCCCCGUCGCCACCGUUACCGAGAAGGACGCGAAGGACGUCGCCGUCCUCGACUAUGCCGAACAUGCCGAGCAUGCGGAGCCCACCUUCGCCGUGGACGAGAAGGCCGUUGCUGCCCCCGUCGAUCCGCCAGAAACACCCCCGACCGCGCUCGACAUUGGCCCACCACCCGAUGGCGGCACGCUGGCGUGGAUGACAGUCGCGGGGUCGUUCUGCGCCACGCUGGCCACGUUCGGGAUCACGAACGCGUACGGCGUAUUCCAGGCAUACUAUGCGCAGAACCAGCUCAAGGGGUACAGCGCGAGCACGAUCUCCUGGAUCGGAGCGCUGCAGCAGUUUCUCCUCUUCUUCAACGGGCUACUUGCCGGACGACUAUUUGAUGCGUUUGGGUGCGAGGCAGUGUUCAUCACGGUGUGUACGCAGUACUACCAGCUCAUGCUCUCCCAGGGCUUGUUGUUCGGUCUCGGCUCGUCGCUCAUCUUCACACCCGCCGUUGCGGCACCGUCGCACUGGUUCGCACGCAAGAGGGCACUCGCAACCUCGCUCGGCAUGACCGGCAGCGGUAUCGGCGGCGCGGUCUGGCCGAUAGCGAUCAACCGGAUGAUCGACGCGAUCGGGUUCGGGUGGGCCAUCCGGACAUGCGGCUUCAUUGUGCUCUUCCUGCUCUGCCUCGCGACGCUGCUGAUCCACCGCCGGCUCCCGCGCAAGCGGUUCCAGCCCCUCACGCACGUCUGGCACCAGUUCAGCGACACCAACUUUGCCAUCUUCACGCUCGGAAUCGGUCUCAGCGGUCUCGGCAUGUUCACGCCGUUCUUCUACCUGACCACGAAUGCUCUCCGGUUGGGUGCGGCACCUACGCUCGCCGCGUCCAUGAUCUCCUUCCUAAAUGCUGGCUCUACCCUGGGCCGGCUGGGAGCGUUCGUGGGCGAUUUUGCAGGACACCUAAACAUGAUGGUCCUCGGCGACGUUGGCAUCAUGCUCACCCUGUUCGCGAUGUGGGUCCCGCUCAACUCCGUCUCCGUCCUCAUCGCAUUCAGCGUGCUCUAUGGUAUGCUUGCUGGAUUCGUUAUCUCCCUCUGUCCAACGUGUGUCGCGCACAUCUCGCCUCCCACAGAGAUCGGCGCAAGGGUCGGGCUCAUGUACGCCGCUGUUGCGCUGUUUGCCCUCGCUGGCCCGCCUAUCAAUGGCGCACUCAUCUCCAACAAGGGCGGAGGCAGGGAGGGAUAUAGGGACUCGGGGCUAUUCAGCGGCGCAGCGGUCGCGCUGUCCCUCAGUUGUGUCGUUCUCGCUCGCAUGCGGAUAGCCAAAGGAAAGCUGAGGGCGAAGGUAUAA